AGCAGGCGUCGGUCGUGAAAAACCUCGUGAAUGUGAAAAUUUUGAUAAAACCACGUUUUUGAAUACUUUUCUUUGCUAGUUCCCGUUUGCUGGCCUGUCCCCCGCACGCAGCACAGUGAUGGGCGGUCGCAAGUGCAUCGUACCGGGCUGUCCGUCGGCCGCAAACCGAAAGGCGGACCGCGGCGUCACUUUUCACAAGGUUCCGUUGAACGAAAAAAUGAGGCGCCAGUGGAUAGAGGCGUGCGGAUUGGCCGACCGGCUGAGCAGCUACCGAUCGGGCAACGUCUGCAGCCGACACUUUCGCCGCGCAGAUUUCCAGGAGUUUAAGGGCAAGAAGUUUAUGCUGAAGACGGUCGCCGUGCCGUCUAUCUUCGCCUGCCACAAGCCGCAAACACCCGAUGCUCUGGAGAAUGUGACGAUAAAGGAAGAGGAAGCGUGCAGUUCUCCGGAUGCGACACCGCGAAAGCUGCAGUAUCAAGAUGAUAACUUUGUCCAUGAAGUGGGCGAUAUGGAUGUGGAGGAGUCGGUCGUGGUGAAGGUCGAAGAACCGGAGAUCAAGGUGGAACAGGACGAAGUGCCCGCUACGCCCAAAACUCCGGCCGCUCCCACCAGCAAGAAGAGCUCCGUUAGUACGUCGAAGCGUAAAUCGGUCAGCAAGCGCCCCGCUUCGGCACGCAAACUUGCCUCAUCGUCCAAGAAACAGGCACGCGUUGAACAGGUGGCCCCACCGGCGUCACCGAAGAAGCAAACACCCAAGAAAGCUGGCACGUCUACCGUAAAACCUUCCGCUAGCCCGGAGUUGGGAAUCGUCGCGGGAACCGGUGGAUCGGAACGGCUUACCAGCUUCACGCCAGGGACGAAGAUUGAAGCGCAAGACUUUAGCGGCCGCUGGCACUCGGCCAAUCUCGUCGAGGUGGACACGGAAGAGCGCGAAGUGUUGGUUCAGUUCGAGAAGGCGGAAAAGUCCAAAACGAUCCUGAACGAUGAGUGGAUCCCGAUGGAUAGCGUAAGGUUGCGGCCAGUUACCCAGCACGCUACCUACACGGUCGGCGAGAAGGUGUUUGCGCGGUGGAGCGAUUCGCGCAAAUUUAGGGCCACGAUCCAGAGCGUUCUCGAGAACGAUAUGUACGAGGUAAUGUUCGAGGAUGGUUUCGCAAAGAUCUGCAAAUCCUCUCACAUAAGCCGCCUGAAGCGCCUGGAGGAUGGCGGUGAGGCAGAUACGGCCAGUUCGGGCGGCGAAGUGAAGAUUAAAACGGAAAAGAUAGAACCGGGUACGAUGGCGGAGGAGAGCAGUACGGCAGUGCUCCCGACCCCGUCCAUCAUUUCACUGGAACAGUUCCGCAUUCCGCAGGUGGUGAAGCUGGCCGAUCUACCGCCGAUACCGCAGGAUGGCGAGUGGUGUUGCCACUGGAUGAACGAUUACCCGGUUGGAGAGUCAUCGGAGCUGGAUCUACCCGGGGGAAAGGUGUACUCGGUGAUCGUACCCGAUUGGCGUAUGCCGGAAGGAUGGCAGAAGCACAUCUACCAGCGCGUGACGACCUUCGGUAAGAUCGACAUCGUACUGGUCAGCCCAACCGGUAAGCCGUUCCGCUCAAGGCUGGAAGUGAAGCAGUAUCUCGAUGAGCAGGGCGAACUGUACGAUGCGAUGAAGUAUGACUUUGGAUUGCACAAGAAGCGUGCCAAGGAUCUUGGGUUCUAUAGCUACACCCAGGAGUACCGGGACACGUUCCUGCCGAAUCCCGUCGCCGAGCCGGUGCUGCUGAACACCGAGGUGAACAUUGGCUCGGUGAAGGUGAAGAUCAUCGACAACCUGUACCAGUGCCCGGAACAGGACUGCCUCAAGACGUUCCGCAAGGAGAACCACUUGCAGAUACACAUCAAACACUAUCACCAUGAGUUGGCCAAGGGACUGGGCGAGAUUCUGAACAUGCAGGAUCUAGCCCAACUCCGGACUCCGAUCGAAAUGCUGGAUACACCCGUGAAACCGGUAUCCCGUAAAUCGACUGUCGCCGGCACAGGAAGCACCACGAAGACGGCUUCGAAGGAAGAUGACAAGAAGCUGGAGCUUGUGCAGGUUAAGCAUGAACCAGGAACGGAGGGUGAGUCGAACCAGCUGCUCAAGACACCGGUAACAACGAAACAGGGUACACCGGAACGUACCAAAACGUUGAACAGCGGUGAAGCGAAGAUUAAACAGGAGCCAACCGAUGCAGCUGGUUCACUGAUGACAUCGAAAAACACCGCCGUGGCUAAAGCGACAACUAACCUCGCAAAUCACAGCACCUCCAGUGCAAGUAAAUCAAAGUCUAGCAGCAAAAAGACCAAGAUUAAGCUGUUCUCACUGAAGAAAUCUGGUAACCGACCAUUCGACAGUAAAAUGCGACGCGUUUCGAAGAGUUCCUCAUCGAAGCGCAAGAAGUCACGGGCGGCGGCAGUGGCGAAACAAGCCAUCCAACGUACGUUCCUCAAUCGACAGGUGGCCGGUGUUGAUGCGGGAUCA